CUCCCUUUCCCUACCACUCCACUCCUCUUUCUUCCCUGCUCCCAUCCCAUAUAUCUUGGAGCUGGCUGUUUGGGCUUCGUCUCCUUGAAUGUGUCCUUAGAGCUCUGUGUCUUGUGCCUAGAGAGCUUCCAUCAUGAUCUCCACUAGGCUUGCCCGCGUGGGUGCGCUGGGCCCCAAGUCCCGUCUUAUGUUCGGGUCUCGGAGCCUGGCCACCGUCGCCGACUCUCCCCUCGACAAGAAGGUCGAGAUGACGAAUUGGGAGAAGGGUAACUACAUCAACUACAAGAAGAUGUCUGAGAACCUGGACAUUGUCCGCCGUCGUCUCAACCGUCCUCUGACCUACGCUGAGAAGAUCCUGUACUCUCACCUUGACGACCCUCACGGACAGGAGAUCGAGCGUGGAAAGUCCUACCUCAAGCUCCGUCCUGACCGUGUCGCCUGUCAGGAUGCCACUGCCCAGAUGGCUAUCCUGCAGUUCAUGUCUGCAGGCAUGCCCUCCGUGGCUACCCCCACCACCGUCCACUGUGACCACUUGAUUGAGGCCCAGGUUGGUGGUGACAAGGAUCUUGCUCGUGCCAACGAGAUCAACAAGGAGGUCUACAACUUCCUGUCUUCUUCUUGUGCCAAGUACAACAUCGGUUUCUGGAAGCCCGGCUCUGGUAUCAUCCACCAGAUCAUCCUCGAGAACUACGCUUUCCCCGGUGGUCUGAUGAUCGGUACCGACUCUCACACUCCUAACGCCGGUGGUCUCGGUAUGGCCGCCAUCGGUGUUGGUGGUGCUGACGCUGUCGAUGUCAUGGCUGGUCUUCCCUGGGAGCUGAAGGCCCCCAAGGUCAUUGGUGUCAAGCUUACCGGCAAGAUGUCCGGCUGGACUUCUCCUAAGGAUAUCAUCCUGAAGGUCGCUGGUCUCCUCACUGUCAAGGGUGGUACUGGUGCCAUCAUCGAGUACCACGGUCCUGGUGUUGAGUCCCUGUCUUGCACUGGUAUGGGUACCAUCUGUAACAUGGGUGCUGAAAUCGGUGCCACCACCUCUCUCUUCCCCUUCAACGACCGCAUGUACGACUACCUCAACGCCACCAAGCGCAGGCACAUUGGUGACUUCUCCCGCGAGUACGCCAAGGAACUCCGUGAGGAUGAGGGUUCCGAGUACGACCAGCUGAUUGAGAUCAACCUUUCCGAGCUCGAGCCUCACAUCAACGGUCCCUUCACUCCUGACCUUGCCACUCCCAUCUCCAAGUUCAAGGAGGCCGUUGAGACCAACAAGUGGCCUGAGGAGCUCAAGGUCGGUCUGAUCGGUUCUUGCACCAACUCCUCCUACGAGGACAUGUCCCGUGCCGCCUCCAUCGCUCGUGACGCCCUUAACCACGGUAUCAAGGCCAAGGCUCUGUUCACCGUUACCCCCGGUUCCGAGCAGAUCCGUGCCACCAUUGAGCGUGAUGGCCAGCUUCAGACUCUCGAGGAGUUCGGUGGUGUUAUCCUCGCCAACGCCUGCGGUCCUUGCAUUGGACAGUGGGACCGUAAGGACGUGAAGAAGGGCGAGCCCAACUCCAUCAUCUCCUCCUACAACCGUAACUUCACUGGCCGUAACGACGCCAACCCUGCUACCCACGCUUUCGUCGCCUCUCCCGACCUGGUCGUCGCCAUGACCAUUGCCGGUACCCUCAAGUUCAACCCUCUUACCGACAAGCUGAAGGACAAGGAUGGCAACGAGUUCCUGCUCGCUCCCCCCACUGGUGAGGGUCUCCCCGCCAACGGAUACGACCCCGGCCGUGACACCUACCAGGCUCCUCCCGCCGAGCGCGAGUCUAUCCAGGUCGCUGUUUCUCCCGAGAGUGACCGUCUCCAGAUCCUGACUCCCUUCCAGCCUUGGGACGGCAAGGACGCCACCGACCUCCCCAUCCUGAUCAAGUGCAAGGGCAAGACUACCACCGACCACAUCUCCAUGGCCGGUCCCUGGUUGAAGUACCGUGGACACUUGGACAACAUCUCCAACAACAUGCUUAUCGGUGCCAUCAACGAGGAGAACGGUGAGGCCAACAAGGUCAAGAACGCCAUCACUGGUGAAUACGCUCCUGUCCCCGCCACUGCCCGUGACUACAAGGCCCGUGGCAUCAAGUGGGUUGUUAUUGGUGACUGGAACUACGGUGAGGGAUCCUCCCGUGAGCACGCCGCUCUGGAGCCCCGUCACCUCGGUGGUCUCGCUAUCAUCACCCGUUCCUUCGCCCGUAUCCACGAGACCAACCUGAAGAAGCAGGGUAUGCUUCCUCUGACCUUCGCCGACCCCGCCGACUACGAGAAGAUCAAGCCCGAGGACCGUGUUGACCUGCUCUGCACCGAGCUCGAGGUUGGCAAGCCCGUCACUCUGCGCGUCCACCCCAAGGAUGGCAAGACCUUCGACAUCAAGCUCAACCACACCUUCAACGAGUCCCAGCUCGAGUGGUUCCGCGACGGAUCUGCCCUCAACACCAUGGCCCGCAAGUCCAAGGAGCAGAACUAAAUCAGUUCUGGCCGGGUGAUCCGAAAUGUAUUACUACGUUUUUGAUGUCAAUGCAGAGAGUUUUUUUCUAGAAAACUUCUGUUUUAUUAUGGAGGCGGGUACUAUCGAUGAAAAAGUAUACAUUCAUGGCAUGGGGGAAAUCGGCAUCGCUGGUCCUCCCGUGCAGAAGUGCUAAGGGAGCGAGAGAAAGGCGCAGGUCAUGCGCAGUUGGGGGUCCGGCAGCAAAGCGUCAAAUUUUUGUUGACUUGUUCUCUUGGGUGCGCACUGGCCUCAUUUGUCUGUUCCGCGUUGGGAAUGGAAUCAUGGAUAUAGUCUGUCAUAUUUAUAUUAUUCUCCUACUGUUAUGUGUUAGGGACUGCAUACAUGCAAACUUUUCAUCUGUUCAUCCUGUCCCGUCUUGUGUAGGCGUAAUCUGGGUUGCGUAGCGCUUGUAACUGGGUCUUGAAU